AAAUAUUGCAGCUCCCAAUUCACGGCAGUCUCAACACCUACCCUCUACGCUGCUGCACCACUCUUCGUUUGCAUCUUGGUCCAGCGCGGCUCGGUCACUCAUCGUCCCUUCGACUCUCUUCUGAAGAUGUACGACUGUAGACCAACUUCUUGACCGACCCUCAUCCAAUCGACUUCCAUUCUCAACAUCAUCAAUCAUCCCCACCAUGGCCUCACAUUCCGACCAGUCUCCCUCACCACCGCAAGACCUCUCUGGGUCGCAAUUGACUAUUCCCUCCGACUCGGAACCAUUUUCCUCAUUGUCUCCUCCGUCUUCAUCACCACCUCAGUCUUCAGACAACAAUGGCUCGCAGCCCGUCAUAAUAUACAAACCUCCGACGUUUUGGGGCAUACUGAGAGGAGCUGCUAUUAAUCUUGUACUGCCGUUUGUUAAUGGCAUGAUGCUGGGUUUCGGUGAACUUUUGGCACAUGAAUUUGCCUUCCGCCUGGGUUGGAGUGGAACAAAUGUAUGGCCGCGGCAUCGAGGAUCUCAUCCAAUUGGACCUGGAGUAGAGAUGAGAGAUGAUCCUGUUGGACGAAGGAGGAGAAAGGGCAAAUUUGACCCGGAUGUCAUUGAUGCUGCUUCGUUGGAAUAAGAAAUAUCUGCUUACACUUCUCAAAGACAAAAUUUGAAAUUCUAGGAUGCCGAUCUGACGGGCAACGCCAGCGAUGCUCAAGUUUGUGAUGUAUAUACUUCCAAGAAGAAAGAGCGAGGAAACUGGACUAUCCUUCGCAUUUGGAGGUCAGCCACGGUACCAAUAGAAGAAAGUCGGAAGCCUGGCAAGUGCAUUCAAAAUGUCGCCGCUUGCUCCGUUCGCACUCGUCCGCGUUGGCCUCACAUGCAUCCUCCAAGACCCCCCAGGGGAAUGUUGUUUUUUGCAUUGCUGUUCAAAUAUCACCAGCCUACAACUAUCCACUCAUCAUUAUCCCUGCCGCUCCUUUCCAGCGUCUGAGAGUCUAUCUCGAGCAACA